UUUCAAUUCAACAGGGUCGACAUCCACCUCAACAUUUACUAUUUUAUUAUUCUUCUGCUUUCAUUUUAUUGAGUUUCUAAAUUAUUAUUCUCUGUAUAUCGGUUGAACUGUUCGUUAAAUAAAUAUCCUGGUACCUCCCCCUCCUCCCCUCCUCCCCUCCUCCAUUUUCUUCCUUUCCGUUUGCAACUUUCCCUCUUCCUCUUCCCCUCUUCAUCCUACUCUACUCUACCACUUUCUCUCUCUCUCUCUAUCUCUCCUCUCCCCUCUCUUCUUUACAUCCCUCUAGUUUCUCCCCCCUAUAGAAUUCCUCUUUCUCUCUUCCGCCAUCCUCCCAUCCGCCAUCAGUCAACUCAAACCAAUCUUCCCAUCUUCCUCGUUCUCCUCUCGUCAAUCCCAGCGUCAGUUCUGUUAGAAGCUGCUCAUCAUGUCGGACGGCAACGUCAUGCCCCCCAAGCCCGCCGUGGUGCCGGAAGCUCACGAAGUCGACACUUUCCAUGUCCCCAAAGCAUUCCAUGACAAGCACCCUACGGGGACGCAUGUCAAGAAUCUCGAUGAGUACAAGGCCAUGUACGAGGAGUCCAUCCGCGACCCCCAGACCUUCUGGGCCCGCAUGGCCCGCGAGAACCUGACCUUCUACCGCGACUUCCAAACCACCAUGAUGGGCUCCCUCGAGAACGGCGACGUCGCCUGGUUCCCCGAGGGCCGCCUGAACGCCUCCUACAACUGUGUCGACCGACAUGCCCUGAAGAACCCCAACAAGGUCGCCAUCAUCUACGAGGCCGACGAGCCCAGCGAGGGCCGUACUAUCACCUACGGCGAGCUGCUGCGUGAGGUCUCGCGCGUCGCCUGGACCCUGAAGCAGCGUGGUGUCAAGAAGGGUGACACCGUCGCCAUCUACCUUCCCAUGAUCCCCGAGGCUCUCAUCGCCUUCCUGGCCUGCUCUCGUAUCGGCGCCGUCCACUCCGUCGUCUUCGCCGGUUUCUCCUCCGACUCCCUGCGCGACCGCGUCAUCGACGCCGACUCCAAGGUCAUCAUCACCAGCGACGAGGGCAAGCGUGGCGGCAAGGUCAUCGGCACCAAGCGCAUCGUCGACGAGGCCCUGAAGCAGUGCCCCAACGUCCACAGCGUCCUCGUCUACCAGCGCACCGGCGCCGAGGUCCCCUGGACCAACGGCCGCGACUUCUGGUGGCACGAGGAGGUCGAGAAGUACCCCAACUACUUCGCCCCCGAGCCCGUCACCUCCGAAGACCCUCUCUUCCUCCUCUACACCUCCGGCUCCACCGGAAAGCCCAAGGGCGUCAUGCACACCACUGCCGGCUACCUGCUGGGCGCCGCUAUGACCGGCAAGUACGUCUUCGACAUCCACGACGACGACCGCUUCUUCUGCGGCGGUGACGUCGGCUGGAUUACCGGCCACACCUACGUCGUCUACGCGCCUCUGCUCCUGGGAUGCUCCACCGUCGUCUUCGAGAGUACCCCCGCCUACCCCGACUUCUCCCGCUACUGGGACGUGAUCGACAAGUACCAGGUCACCCAAUUCUACGUUGCCCCCACCGCCCUGCGUCUGCUGAAGCGCGCCGGCGACGAGCACAUCCACCACCAGAUGGCCCAUCUGCGUAUCCUGGGCUCCGUUGGUGAGCCCAUCGCCGCCGAGGUGUGGAAGUGGUACUUCGAGAAGGUUGGCAAGGAGGAGGCCCACGUUUGUGACACCUACUGGCAAACCGAGACCGGCUCGAACGUCAUCACGCCCCUGGGUGGUAUAACUCCCACCAAGCCCGGAAGCGCCUCGCUGCCCUUCUUCGGCAUCGAGCCCGCCAUCAUCGACCCCGUCUCGGGCGAGGAGAUCUCGGGCAACGACGUCGAAGGUGUGUUGGCCUUCAAGCAGCCGUGGCCCAGCAUGGCCCGCACCGUGUGGGGCGCCCACAAGCGCUACAUGGAUACCUACCUGAACGUGUACAAGGGCUACUACUUCACGGGAGAUGGUGCCGGCCGUGACCACGAGGGAUACUACUGGAUCCGUGGCCGUGUUGACGAUGUCGUCAACGUGUCCGGUCACCGUCUGUCGACCGCCGAGAUCGAGGCCGCUCUUCUGGAACACCACAUGGUUGCCGAAGCCGCCGUGGUCGGUGUCGCCGACGAGCUGACCGGCCAGACCGUCAAUGCCUUUGUCUCCCUUAAGGAGGGCAAUGAGACGAGCGAGCAGGUGCGCAAAGAUCUGGUCAUGCAGGUGCGCAAGUCGAUCGGUCCCUUCGCCGCGCCCAAGGCCGUCUUCACAGUCGACGAUCUUCCCAAGACCCGCAGUGGCAAGAUCAUGCGCCGGAUCCUGCGCAAGAUCCUGAGCGGAGAGGAGGACAGCCUGGGUGAUAUCACCACGCUGUCGGACCCUUCGGUGGUUGCGAAGAUCAUCAGCACGGUCCACGAGGCCCGUGGUAAAUAAACGGUAUGGGACGAAACCUACCUGAUCCACGACAACUCCGAAACGAGAAAGAAAAAAAACAAAAAAAAAAAAAAACAAAAAA